AGCGAGCGAGGAGCGCGCCCGGGAGCGCGCCGGGAGCCGCGCGGAGUCGCCGCCGCCCCCCGCCGCCCGCGCGCAACAGUUCCCCCGAAGUUGCGGCCCUCGGGCGGGCGCCGGCGACCGAGCGGGAACGAGGCGUGCGGGGCCGGCAGCGUUAUGGGCACCCGGCAGACCAAGGGCAGCCUGGCCGAGAGAGCCGGCGCCGCGGCCGGCCCCCGCCGAGAGCGGCCCGACUUCUGGGCGUCGCUGCUGCUGCGCGCCGGGGACAAGGCGCUGCCCCCCUACCAGCGGCGCGUCGGCAUGGUCCAGGAGCUGCUGCGGAUGGUGCGCCAGGGCCGGCGGGAGGAGGCGGGCACGCUGCUGCAGCACCUGCGCCAGGACUUGGGCAUGGAGUCGACCUCUCUGGAUGAUGUUCUGUACCGCUAUGCCAGCUUCCGGAACCUGGUGGACCCCAUCACACACGACCUUAUCAUCAGCCUGGCCCGCUACAUCCACUGCCCGAAGCCGGAAGGCGACGCACUCGGGGCCAUGGAGAAGCUGUGCCGGCAGCUGACUUACCACCUCAGCCCCCACUCCCAGUGGAGGCGGCACCGUGGGCUGAAGAGGAAGCCACAGGCCUGUCUCAAGUCUGUCCUGGCUGGGAGCCCUCCAGACAACACAGUAGACCUCUCUGGAAUCCCACUGACCUCCCGUGACCUGGAGCGAGUUACCAGCUACCUACAGCGCUGCGGGGAACAGGUGGACAGUGUAGAAUUGGGCUUCACAGGCCUCACAGAUGAUAUGGUUCUGCAGCUGCUGCCGGCACUCAGCACACUGCCCCGCCUCACCACACUGGCCCUCAAUGGCAAUCGGCUAACCCGGGCCUUGCUGCGAGACCUCACAGAUACCCUCAAGGACCCAGGAAAGUUCCCCAGUGUUACCUGGAUUGAUCUAGGCAACAACGUGGACAUCUUCUCAUUGCCCCAGCCCUUCCUACUCAGUCUACGGAAGCGUUCUCCAAAGCAGGGCCAACUACCCACCAUCCUGGAGCUGGGCGAGGGCCCAGAUGGCAGCUUAGUAGGUCAGGAUGACCUUGGAGGAUGCCCUCUGGGCACUACCAACCACAAAGGCAGGGAGACUGCAAGUGCAGUUCAGACAUAA